AUGAUCGCGUCCAACGCGAGCCUGAGCGGCUGCGCGGGGAGCGACGGUGCGGGCGGCGCGCUGUGCGCUCAGUUGGAGAACACGAGGGCGUACCGGACCAGCCUCACUCCGACCGGGCACCGGGUGGUGGCGGUGUGCCUGGGCGUCACUGGCACGCUUGGGCUGCUCACCAACCUCCUGGUGCUCGUGCUGUUCUGCCGCUACAAGCUGCUGCGCUCUCCCAUCAACAUGCUGCUGGUUAACAUCGCACUCAGCGACCUGCUGGUGUGCCUGCUCGGGACGCCCUUCAGCUUCGCCGCAAGCACGCAGGGCCGCUGGCUGAUCGGCGGGGCAGGCUGCGUGUGGUACGGCUUCGCCAACUCCCUGUUCGGCAUUGUGUCUCUGAUCUCUCUGGCCGUGCUCUCCUACGAGCGCUACAGCACCAUGAUGGGCCCCACUGAGGCCGACGCAUCCAACUACCGCAAGGUGUCCCUGGGCAUCGUCCUGUCCUGGGCCUACUCCCUGCUCUGGACCCUCCCCCCGCUCUUCGGUUGGAGCCGGUACGGCCCCGAGGGGCCCGGGACCACCUGCUCGGUGGACUGGACGGCCAAGACCACCAACAACAUCUCCUACAUCGUGUGCCUGUUUGUGGCCUGCCUGGUGCUUCCCUUCAUGGUCAUCGUGUACUGCUACGGCCAGCUGUUCCGCGCCAUCAAGCAGGUGAGUGGCAUUCAUACGGCGAUGAGCCGCAGGCGGGAACAGCGUGUGCUGCUGAUGGUGGUGAUCAUGGUGGUGUGCUACCUGCUGUGUUGGCUUCCCUACGGCGUCACCGCCCUGCUGGCCACCUUCGGACCCCUGGGCCUGGUCACGCCCGAGGCCAGCAUCGUGCCCUCGCUGCUGGCCAAGACCAGCACCUUCAUCAACCCCAUCAUCUACAUCUUCAUGAACAAGCAGUUCUACAGGUGUUUCCAGGCACUGCUGCGCUGCCAGACCCCCAAGCGAGGGUCCAGCAUCAAGAGCACCUCCAAGGUGGUCACCAAGGCCGUGAGGGCCGGCGCCGUCGUCGCGGGCAACGGCGCAGGCAACAACACUUGGGUCACCGAAGGCAUCGGUGCGGGCGACCACAACAUGGCCGUCAUGGUGGCCUCCCUAGACCAGCCGCCCGAAGGUGCGGAUGGCUGA